AAACACCACAGUUCUCUCAUAGAUGAUUAUUAAAAACAUCUAUAAAUGUUUGUUACUGAUGUCCAUGGAAACUUAAGUGUCUGUGGCUAGAACUGCAACAGAUUUAGAGAUUGUUGAAACCAGAUCUUCAUCAUCUGUUGAUGAAGACAAAUAGACGUGGGUGAAAGCAAGAGUUGUACUCAUAUAUUUAAUAAUUGAGUCACUGAUGAUUUAAUGUGUAAUUAGCGUUUUACUGCUGUAAUUUAAACUGAUGAUUUAUAUUUAAAUGUCUGCUCUGUUAAAUGUUAACUAUUAUAUUAUUGUUUUAAAGUUUAUUAUAUCAGGACAAUGGAAUUUCAGAGGAAACCAGUAACUGGAGCUCAGAUUAAUCUGCGGUAAAAAGUACAAGAUGUAGGUAAGUGAUGUCAGCAGGCAAUGUGGUACUUCAGUAUUUGAGUAAAUAUCCAGAGCUUCAAAACAAAGUUGCAAAGAGCUUCACAAUAAAAUUUGAUCAUUCAAGUCAAAAUAUCUAAAAUAUAAAAAGCCAAAAUAAUCCUGUGAAGGUUUCAGAUGUGGCUUUGACAUCAGAGUCCUUUGACAGUCUGAGCAGCAGAGAAGGAAAAAUCUGCCCGGAUCCUACAUUUCCAAUGAUGAACAGUCGUCUUUAAACGCCACACCUGCAGAUCGUAGCACAGUCCGGAUGGUAUGAAAUCACUGUGACGUCACCAGACCUCAGAAUAAGGAAAAUCAGCGGAGUGGCCCUUUAACAACUAGACUCUACUGUAGUUCCCGGCUCCGUCUGCAGGUGGCACAGUGACGGAGCUGCGUCAUCUGAAACGUCACAACAUAUUUUAUUGGAAAUGAAACGGAGCUGAUGAAGCGCGCGAGUCAGAGCUGAAUGUUUGUCCUCUAAACGCCCGCGAGGAAAUUCGAGGCGGUUUUAGUAUCCACAUCCGGGGCUGCAGACCUUCCCUCCUCCUCCUCCUCUCCAUCCUCUCCUCCGCCUGCAUCCUCCCAUCCUGCAGACCGACAGACAGGAGGACCUCCUCCAGCUUCAGUCAUGUCGGUGUCGCCCGCCCUCACCGACCUCUCUCGUCUCUAUCAGACGGAGUUUGUUCGCAGCGCCCGGGCGGUCGGCGUCCUCUGGGCCAUCUGUACGCUCUGUUUCGCCAUCAUCCAGGUGGUCGUCCUGGUGCAGCCGUCCUGGAUUGGCACCACAGACACCCGGCACCCGGGGGCGCCCAGUGGCACCCUGGGACUUUUUGAGGUGUGUGUGGAGUCAGACUGGCCUGUCCCGGACUGUCGUGGUGGUCUGUCCAGUCUGUCUCCUCUUCCGUCCUUCCAGUCCGUGGCGGUGUUGGUGGGCGUGUCCCUGUGGGCGGUGUGGACCAGCGUCCUCUGUCUCUGCCUCUUCCGGUUCUGCAGCGCCGCAACUGUCUACAAGAUCUGCGCCUGGCUGCAGCUCACUGCAGGUUUCUGUAUGGCGUUGGCCUGUCUUCUGUUUCCAGACUCGUGGGAGAGUCCAGAGAUGAGAGCUCUGUGUGGCGACUCGGUGGGCAGCUUCUCUCCAGGUAACUGUUCGGUCCACUGGGCAUACAUCCUGGCCAUCCUGGGUGUCCUGGACGCCGCUAUCUUGGCCACGUUAGCAUUCGUCCUCGCCAACAGGCAGGAUGCUCUGCUGCCACCAGACACCAAGGACGUGACCACAGGUCUGUUGAUGUCAGCGUGAGGUCACCAGAGCUGUUUGGUCUUCACUUCUCCUCUUCAUCCGUCAUCAUCAUCACCAGAGGGGAUACAGUCAAUACCUAAAUGAGUCAGAAGAAGAAGAAUGCAACAUUCCUCCUCCUCUCCUCAUCCCCUGGUUACCUGGAGACCACAUCCACCUUAAGGCGCGUUUCUACCAAAAAGUACCUGAAAAUUUUAGAACUUUUAGUUCCAGGUACUUUUCUUCAGGAACUAAAAGGUUGCUGUGGCCCAUUGUUGUCUGUGUUUCCACUGCGGCCUAAAGUCCUGGGAAGCACUUGACUUCAUAGCACUUUGAGGACAUAACAUGAAUGAAAAUACAGGAUAAAUUCAUCCCGUAUAUAUUCAAUACAGGACACAGCAUUUUAUUUUCAAAUAUGGGACAAUCCCGUAUUAUACAUGACGGGUGGCAACUCUAGCCACUCCGGUUGUUGUGGUCCUUUAUUUUUUUGAAGUCCUUUUUCAGUUUUUUUUCCUUCUGCCGGACCUGUUUCGCGGUGUUGAAAAUGUGUUCGCUCACUUGCUCACUGCGGGGCUUUUAAACAUGGCGAGUGAAUUAAAACGCAGUAAGUACUCGACCAGUCAGAAAUGUUCAGCACUGCAGACCACAGCCACCAAAGUUCCUGAACCUUUGGGAAGUACUACCCCCCGACCAGGGACUUUUUUGGGGGUUGAUCAAUUACCCCAGAACUAAAUUUAGACCCUGGUUCCUGCGGUUGAAACACGCAUAGUUCCUCAAAGGUUCCUGGGGAAAGUUCCUGUGGUGGAAACGCGGCUUCAGUGUUGUCACAGUAAAGCGAUGAACGUGAAGACCUGCAGACAGUAGGGGGUUCCUCCUAGGGGAGAGGGGAGAGAGAGAGGAGGUGGUGUGAUGCAGAAAAGGAGGGAUAAGAGGAGGUGGAGGUGGAGGAGCAGAGCUUCAACAUGGUGGCUCUGUAGUGAAGCCACUUAAACAGAAGCACAACGUGUUUUAUAAAAUCAUUAUUAUCGUUAACAGAGUUCAUGGUGUCAAACAAAAUGGAGGGACUGAGCUGCAGCAGCUCUUUAUAAGCCAGAUCCCCUGUCUCCCUCACUAAUAAUCUCACUAGUACUAAUACUAACUAGUUUCAAACUAAUGAUUUCCUAAAUGAAAACUAAACUUCAGUAAAGACUUGAAUGAUAUGAGUCAGUUCAGGUGUUUUUCUUUCUGUCUGCAGACGUGGAGAAAUCUGUGUUUCACAGUGACUAUACACAGUUCAUAAUGUGAGGGAAAACCUGGCUAGACUAAGAUAACAUGUUAUGUACUCAGUCAGAUGUUACUGGUAUGACAUUUUACAAUUUGACAUGUGCUGUGCUAUUUUGUGAAAUGUAAUUUAAGAUCUUUAAGACUGACAUAAUCUUGACUUCAUCAAGACUCAGGUUUGAUCUUUCUCCAUGUGAACGGGUCAGAUAUUAGCGAGCUAACGUUAGCUUUGGUUCAGUUAGCUACACGACAGUUAGCUGCUGUAAAUAUUUAGAAACUGAUCUCUAUGUAAGAUCUAGUUUGUGUUGAAACUGUUCAAGUUUAGAAAUAAAACUCCAGUUAGCAAACACUGACAUUAGAACGAGGUUAAGUUUGGAUUUAUUAACAGCUGCUGCAGCUGACGCCUGAACCUUAAAAGAACAGAUUCAAUACAUUCCUCUGAUUCUUUUUUUUCACAUGGAUAUUAGUUUGAUCUCUGUUUAGCCUGGCUUAGCACAAAGACUUGAAGCAAGAAAAAAUUUCAACCACCAGCGACAUUAAAAUGUUACAGCUAAUGUUUCAAACAGUUAGCAGCAUGUACGAUUUACAUGCUGUGUCGUGUUAGCUGUCAGUGACCUAGAUUUAUAGCUCAAACUUUACUGAUUGGUAUCUUUUGCUUUAUCACCAGACGCGGAUGCACUCCAGUUAGUUCGUAUAUAGCUUCAGAUCCAUUUAACUUCUGGGUCCUCCUAGCUUAGAAUUAGUUUAAGAUCCAGUUAGUGUCUGGGUCUAGUUUGCAUCGCAUUAACCUCUGAGUGCAGUUAGCAUACCAUUAGCUUCAGGUCUAGCUAGCUUCUUAGUGUUAACCUCUGGCUCCUGGCUAGCUGACUACACAAUGAACUGCUGAUGAACUGGAUUGCUAACAUGCUUCCAAUCUUUGUGCUAAACUAAGCUAACAAGAUGAGAUUGACCUGAAACGUGACUCUGGAGUAGACAGAGUACGGGAUAACUUAUCUAAAAUGUCAGCAUGACUUUUGACCUUUAAGGCACAUAAAUUAAACAUAUUGUUCAGUUUUCCCUGCACUGACACUUCCAGGCUGAACAUUUGUUUGUUGUUUAUAGAUAAUGUUGCCUUGUUAUUAGAUUCAGUUGAACUGAUUUUAUUUUCAUAGAGCAUGUAGAACUGUAUAGAACCACAGUUUAUCAAAGCAUUUUGAAAUCUGGAGAUCGACAUGUUUUUGAAUUUGUUUAAUGUGAUCAUGUAUCUGUGUUUUUCAAGUGUUUUUAUGGCUACCUCUCUAGCUAAAUAAACCAUUAAGAAUUUA